AUGAUAAACGGCGAGGAAAAACCCCUACGAAUAUUGUUGGUGGACUGUUACGAUUCCUACACCUUUAAUAUACAUGAUUUGAUUCAGCGUGCUUCUAGUAAAUGCUCCAUUACCACUGUACACUGGGAUACAGCUCGUCCUGAUCUGUGGGAUAGUCUUACCUGUUUUGACGCCAUCUUUGUAGGACCCGGUCCCGGAAACCCCUCUGAAUAUGCUUCUGUUUUUGAAAAAAUAUGGAACUCUGAUGUACCGACGCUAGGAAUUUGCUUGGGUUUCCAAUCUCUUGCUUUGCAUUAUGGAUGUUCAGUAGACAAAAUGCCUACACUUCCGUGGCAUGGAAGGAUUUCUAGCAUACUAAGCACGAACGAUUCGAUUUAUCGCAAUUUGCCUUCGGUCAAAGGAAUGCGAUAUCAUAGCUUGUAUGUUGAUUCUAUCCGCACUAAUGCUCUUCGAGUCCUUGCAAAGUCAACAGAAGAUCAAAUCGUAAUGGCAAUUGAGGCAAUAGAAAAGCCACAUUAUGGAAUCCUUUAUCAUCCAGAAAGCAUUGGAUCAUCUGAUGCCGUUAGCAUUGUGAGGAAUUUCUUCAAUGUUGUUGAAAAAUUUCGAACGGACAACUCUACAUCUUCCACGGAGACAGGCUUUGAUGUCCUAGAAAUUCAACCAUCUCCUUUCAUAAAAAAUCCGAAAACACCUUCAAUGCGGAUCUCUAGCCAAGAGAUACCGUGGACUGAUCCUCUGACGGUUGUUGAAUAUCUUAACAAUGCAGAUAAGCCAAUUUGUUUUUUGGAUUCAGCUAAAAAGCCAGGAAAGUUUUCCAUUAUCGGCUUUUUUGAGGGUCCUUUAUCUUAUUUUAUCCGUUACAAAAAAUGGAUAAAUACCACUUAUAUUGUGAAUUGUCAAAACAAUCUCGAGGAAACGUAUAAUGGGGAUUUUUGGGAAAUAGUUGCGAAAUUCAUGGAAGAGCAUAAAGCGUUCCCUAUUGAAUCGGCUUUACCAUUUCAUGGCGGCAUUAUCGGAGCAAUUGGCUACGAAUGCAGCGAUUAUUCUUCCAGGUCAAUAGCCGAAGCAUCAUCAUUUACCUACGAUACAAAAAAAAAUCAAAGGAAUUACGUUGAUGCUGAGCUUGCUUUUGUCGAUAGAUCAAUUGUGUUUGACCUUGAAGAAGAAAAAGCUUAUGUUCAAACAUUGUAUCCUUCAGAUGAUUCAUUACAAAUUUGGUGGGAAGACCUGCUUUUCGAUCUUCAAAAGUUUAGUAAAAAUAAACUCAAGCAUCAUGGUCAUGGAUCGACGAUAAAAAAACCGACUGAGCAGGAUUAUACUGACCGUGUGCGUAUUUGCCAACAAAGAUUACUAAACGGUGAUUCCUAUGAAAUGUGUUUAACAGAUACUACAUUUGCAUAUACCGAUCCAAAUUUUUCGGACUAUGACUUGUAUCUAAGUGCCCGUUCACAUAACCCAUCAUCUUUUGCCGGGUUUCUUCGUUUUCCUCAUUUAACCUUAUUAUGCUGCUCACCAGAAAGGUUUAUGAAAUACAAAGACUCAACAUGUCAUUUUUCUCCUAUCAAGGGUACUCUAAAAAAAGGUUCACAAAUGACCUACGAAGAAGCAAGAAGUAAACUAUUAAAUUCUAAGGAUACAGCAGAAUUGAAUAUGAUUAUUGAUCUCAUUCGAAAUGACUUACAUCAAUUGGCAAAGAAAGAUUCAGUUGAAGUUCCCCAACUCUAUCAAGUUGAGGAGCAUCCUAAUGUUUACUCUCUUCUAUCGCAUAUAUACGGCCAAGUAGACGAGUCUAUUACCGCAUGGGAUGUUUUAGCGAAGUGUUUCCCUCCAGGAUCCAUGACAGGUGCUCCUAAGUUAAGAACCGUUCGAAUGCUAGAGGAAAUAGAGCCCUACGGUCGUGGUAUAUAUUCCGGAACGCUAGGAUAUUGGGAUGUUACUGGUUCCUCAGAAUUUAACGUGAUAAUUCGAUCAGCUUUUAAGUACAAUGAAGACAGCCUAUGGAGAAUUGGGGCUGGUGGUGCCGUAACCGUCCUAAGUACUCCAUUAGGUGAAUAUGAAGAGAUGCUGUUAAAGGCUAACAGCAUUCUACCUGCCUUAUGUUUGAUUGCUCCUGAUCGGGAAAAAUAUUAA